UAGGGUUUUACGAAUUCAUGAGAUACUGAACUCCCUUCAUUCGGUCAUUUCUAUCGCACCCUCCGUUAGUUUUCUGGGACAAUACUCCCAUUAACGCCGCCGCAUCAAGAACCAACAAUGGGGAAGUAUUCACAAGAACCAGUAAACCCCACCAAGUCUUGCAAGGCGAGAGGCUCGGAUCUCAGAUGUCAUUUCAAGAAUACAAGAGAAACUGCCUUUGCACUCCGGAAAAUGCCUCUAGGCAAAGCUAAAAGGUACUUGGAGGAUGUCCUUGCCCACAAGCAAGCAAUCCCAUUCCGUCGUUUUUGUAGAGGAGUUGGGCGAACUGCUCAGGCAAAAAACCGUCAUUCAAAUGGACAAGGACGUUGGCCUGUUAAGUCUGCCAACUUUGUUUUGGACUUGCUGAAAAAUGCUGAGAGUAACGCUGAAAUGAAAGGUCUAGAAGUCGAUUCCCUCUACAUCUCACACAUUCAGGUGAACCAAGCUCAAAAGCAGAGACGCCGCACAUACCGUGCUCAUGGAAGAAUCAAUCCUUACAUGUCACAUCCAUGCCAUAUUGAGCUAACCUUGUCAGAAAAGGAAGAAGCAGUGAGGAAAGAGCCUGAGUCUCAGUUGGCCACCAGCAAGUAGAAGGGCGCUUCUUCUUUCAUAGUAAAACUUGGAGGGUUGAGGAGUUCCUGUUAGGGGACUGAUUAAUUUUUGUUUUUACUUCUUGAUAAGCCAGAUGUUUUUUUUUACCUGUUGGUUUCCUAUGGGAUUUUGUUCUGUUGAUGAAAUGUUUUUAGUUUGCUACUACUAUGCUUAUUGUGAUAUGAGAUUUAGAAUACUAUCGUCCUUGAUCCAGAUUACUUUAGAUGAUCA